UCACACUGAUGCAUUACAGUAAGGGAAAUUGAACUGUUCCUAACACACUCGCACACAAUCCACAGGCUGAAUAGCAUCCAUGGAGAACAAAUGGGAUGCACACCAGCAACAGGAACCUUGCUCUGAUAACAGCCUUGUAUUUAUUUGUAAGUUACCGGCCAGGGAAGGAUUCCAGUCACUGGACAGGCAGGAGCCCGUUCAGAUCAAACUCCCAGGGCAAUGCAGCGUCCAUCAGCUUCGUGUGCGCCUGUGUAUGCUAGCACAAGAGAAUAAUAGACUUUCAGAGCCAUUUGCACUUCUGGACCCAGAACGAUACAGUCUGUUGUACCAGAAGGAGGAGGAGUGGUAUGAAAUUUAUGAUGACUUUCAGGUAUUACGAACUUUGGACGCACCCUGGUUUCAGGGUACUGAUGGUCUUCAGACUGUCUGUGUCACUGUGUUGGCUCAGAAAACUACCUCUGAGGAGAGAAUUCGCUUCCAGAGCAUUCUGAACGAACUAAUCGGCUAUGAUUUGGACUCCUCAGACACUAAUCGUUUAAGUGAGCUAGGCUAUACCCGAAGAAAGUUUGCCACACCGCGAAGGGAAGAACUGAAAAACCGGGAUCCUAUAGCUUAUGUCACUGAACCAUGGACAACAUCCACAGUGCUCCUAAAUGACCAGCAAGGUCACCUUCAGCGGAAACUCUCAGUGAGUCUUUAUUAUAAUAGAUCAAAUAUUUCCAUUAAUGCUGACUUGACACACACCCCCAGGGAUCUCCUCAAGAUCUUCUGGGAAUCAUUGCCAAAGGGGGACCUGUCAUUCGAAGGAUGGUCUGUUGAUCAUGUCCUCAAGGUGUGUGGCAGAGAGGAAUUCUUGAGUGGAAACUUUAAGCUCUCAGACUACUUGUGGGUCGGGCACUGCCUUAAAAACUCACUGGAGCUUCAUCUCUCAGUGGUUGCCAUCUCAUCCCUUCCAGAUAACACAGUAAGCAGAGAGUACUGGCCGCUGGUGGACAGUCUCACUGGUCUCUCAAUCUCCCAUGAGGAACUUUCCCUUAAAGGGAAGGAAGUAGAGGACAUUGUGAUGAUUUCUCUGUGGGACUGUGAGAGAAAAUUCAGGGUUAAACUCUUAGGGUUUGACAUCCCAGAACUACCAAGUAAGGUACCUCCAUUUGUUCAUGUGGAAGCCAUCAUAAUAUAUGGUAGAAAGAUUGUGUCAUCAGUUUGUUCAACUCCAAAAGAGUUUACAGAUGAAGUGCUGUGGAACACCUGGUUGGAAUUUGACAUUCUGAUCAGGGAUAUCCCUCACGGAGCGAAAUUAGGCCUCACAAUUAAUGCCGGUACCACAGAAGGCACGUCAACCAAGGACACAAAGUCAAACUCCUCUAAAGUACCAGAUUACCAGAAGGGAAAAGGGCAAGUACUAUACUUUGUAAACCUCCAGCUGAUUGACCACAGAUCCCUUCUUAGCCAAGGUCCACACACUCUGCACAUGUGGGCUUUCCCAGAAUGGGACGAGGAGCCAUUCACUUAUGAAGCAGAAAAGCUGUCUACCGCCACUAACCCUGAUGUAGCUAAAUCAAUGGCAAUUACCUUCAUGCUGGAUCGCUACAGCUUUCCUGUUGUCCUGCCGCAUGGUAAGAGCUCCUCUUUUAGUGGUACAUCUCCUAUCUCAAGCCCUUCUACACUGGACCUUUCAGGAGAAUCCAGACUCUCCUCCCCAUCCAAUGAGGCUCCUGCAACAACACCCUUCACCCUCAGGAGACUCAAAGAAGAAAGUGUCCACUAUGCCUCAAAUUUACCCCAGUUUCUGCGCAAGGUCGACUGGAUGAUGCCAGCUGCGGUCCAGGAUGUCUACUGGCUGUUGAGUCACUGGGAUCCAGAGGACAUAGAGCUGUUUGUGGCCCUUGAGCUCCUGAGUGUGGAUUUUGCAGACACAAAGGUCAGAAGACUGGCAGUUCAAAGAUUAGAGAUCCUAUCCAAUGAUGAGGUACUUAAGUACCUGCUGCAGCUGGUUCAGACCCUUAAAGUCGAGCCAUAUCAUGAUAGCUGUCUGGCAAGAUUCCUUCUCAAAAGAGCACUAAGGAGCAGACGGAUCGGACACUUCUUUUUCUGGUAUUUGCGGAGUGAGGUGGCAGGGUGUCCAUUUUUCCGCCAGCGUAUGGCAGUUAUCCUGGAGGCAUACUUGUUGGGCUGUGGAGAGGCAAUGCUGACUGAAUUCCAGCAUCAAGUACAAGUCGUCAAAUGCCUGCACGAUGUGGCUCUAGCAGUUAAGGUGCUCUACCCAGAAAAGACAGACCUUCCAUCAACAGCUCCUCAGAAGCUGCAGGAGUUAUUGGAGGACUGCUGUUUACCCUCCGACUUCCUGGUGCCUUUUGAUCCCCGUGUCAGAGCAGGAAGCAUCAUACUGAAAGACUGUAAGAUCAUGGCCUCUAAGAAAAAGCCACUCUGGCUUGAGUUCUCCUGCGUACAGUCAGAAGCUCCAGCCUCUCCUCCUGUCGGCAUCAUCUUUAAGCAUGGAGAUGACCUCCGACAGGACAUGCUUAUCAUCCAGACUCUAGUGGUCAUGGACUCAAUUUGGCAAGAAAAAGGUUUAGACUUGAACCUGGUGCCUUAUGGAUGCAUUUCAACAGGAUAUAACAUAGGAAUGAUUGAGAUUGUGCGAAAUGCGAUCACUAUUGCCUCAGUUCAGAAGAGUCAGGGAGGUAUGGCGGGAGCUUUCAAAAACAAUGCCUUGUAUGACUGGCUUCAGAGGAAAUGCCCAUUCCAGGAAAAACACUUUCAAGCAAUGGAGAAGUUUGUGAACUCAUGUGCGGGCUACUGUGUGGCCACAUAUGUGCUGGGUAUAGGUGACCGCCACAACGACAACAUUAUGAUCACUGAACAAGGCAACUUGUUCCACAUUGAUUUUGGCCAUAUCUUGGGCAACACUAAGAGCUUCAUGGGGGUGAACAGAGAAAGGGUGCCCUUUGUCCUCACCCCUGACUUCCUGUAUGUUAUGGGCAGGGUGAAAGGCCGUCCCAGCCUCUACUUCAAGAGAUUUAUGGACACCUGUAUCAAUGCCUAUCUGUCCCUCCGGUCUCAGUCUCGCCUUCUUGUCACGCUCUUCUCUCUAAUGCUCCUCACGGGAAUUCCUGAGCUCAGCACGUCACAGGACAUGCGCUACCUACGUACUGCACUGCAGCAGGACCAAGGGGAGGAAGAGGCUCGGAAUCACUUCCUGCAGCAGAUUGCACUUUGCGAGCAGAAAGGUUGGACUGUGCAGGCUAACUGGUGGUUUCACCUGAUGGCGGGCAUUAAAUAGAAAACAUGAGGAAACUAUGUACCUUUCUGACAGAUAAUGUACAGGUACAGGUAAUGUACCUGCAUGCUACAAUUCAACUUAAAGGCACAGUUCACCCAAAAAUGAAGAUUAUGUCAUUUACUCACCUUCAUGAUCUUCCAAAGUUGAUUUUGUUGAUUUUAUUUUCUAUGUUGAACAUGAGGAGAUGUUUGUCAGGAUGUUCAUGCUGCUCUUUCCAUACAUGAAAGUGAAUGGUGUCCAGGGGGUGACAAAAAAACAAGUACCAUUGGUCCAUAUGAAUCCUGCACUAUAUUACAAGUCUUUUGGUGCUAUAUGUAAAGAAUAGACAGAAAUUUAAGUUGUUACUUACUGAAAAUCUUUCCCUCUGCUGUAGGUCAAAUCUCAUUUAUAUGGAAGCCUGUUUUUUUAAACUCAGAAUUCUGACUUUUUUUCUCAAAUUGCGUGAUAUAAAGUCAGAAUUCUGAGAUAUAAACUUGCAAUUGCAUGAUAUAAAGUCACAAUUCUGACUUUUUUUCUCACAAUUCUGACUUUUUUUCUCACAGCUGUGAGUUAUGAAGUCAGAAUUCUGAGAUAUAAAUUCGCAAUUGCAUGAUAUAAAGUCACAAUUCUGACUUUUUCUUGCAAUUCUGACUUUAUAUCACGCAAUUGCGAGUUUAUAUCUCAGAAUUGUGACUUCAUAUCACUCAAUUGCGAGUUUAUAACUCGCAAUUCGGACUGUAUAACUCACAAUUGUGAGAAAAAAAGUCAGAAUUGUGAGAAAAAAAGUCAGAAUUGUGAGAUAUAAACUCGCAAUUGCGAGAUAAAAAGUCAGAAUUCUGAGAUAAAAAGUCGCAAUUAUUGUUUUUAUUUUUUUAUUUAGUGGCGGAAACGGGCUUCCAUACAUUUAUGCAACUUAAAUGCACAAAUUCCGAUUUCGCACAUGAAUGGUGUAUGGCAGACUAAAUAUUUUCUUGCUUUUCCAUGGAAGGAAGAAAUUCAUCAGGGUUUGGAAUAGUGUUGUCAAAAGUACCGACUGCGAUACCAAGUCGGUACUGAAAUUUUAAAAAUGUGAUGUUUUGAGCGCUGUUGAGCGGUUUUGUGAUCACCUCUGAUUGGCCUUUGUGUUCACGUGCUCAUCAGAUAUGUCUGUGGGAGCUCCCGCUUUCAAAUCGCUUUUAAAUUCAGACACUUCUGUGUGUUUUCAAAUGCUCCCGCAUAUAUCUCUGUAAGCGCUCAGUGAAGAGCAUCUAUUUACAACAUGUUUUUGAAGUGUUGAUCAUUGUGGCCAAUCAGAGACAUAUCUGAUGAGCACGUGAACACAAUGGCCAAUCAGAGGUGUUUACGAAA